AUGCGGCUACGCGGCCUCAUGCUCCUUACCACCAUGCUCACUUUCCUUGUGGUGCUCUGGGCUACAACCUCUUCGCUGGUUGGCUCGAUCAUGGUUGGAUCGGUGGUCAUACUGUCACGGUAACCUACGUCCUUCAUCGACAUGCAUCUAUGGAAUCUCGACACAAACCUCCAACUUGAAGUCGGUCCACUCCUCCAACACGAAGGUGAAGUAAACUGGGCAGCCCUUUCCGCUGAUGGAAAGCUGCUAGUCACUGGUUGCAGCAACGAAAACGUGUACGUGUGGGACAUUCAAGCCAUCUUCAAGGAAGCUGGCCUUGAAGACCUCCUUCGGCCUUCAUCUGAUGUUACAGCUCAAGAGUCAUUGACAGAUGCGGAUGCUACGCAGGCCGUGGAUGAUGAACUUUCGCCAGGUUUUUUCAACGAUGCCACAGAUGGCGCUAAUUCCUCUGGAGCGUACGCUAACUAUCACCGUUCCUCUUCCCGCCGUCCUCGCCCUCCUGCAUCCUCUUUUGGGGGCGCAAGAGCUCUCUUUGGUCGCCUUCCAGCCGCUCUCACUCCAAGACUAAUGGAUCAACUGAACUCCAGCAAUGCCCAAGGCGGGCCUCAUUGGUUCCUGGGCCUCGUAUCGUCGAUGUUGCUGCAGUGAAAGACAGAGAGGUUAUAUUCACUGCUCCCCCGCCGCCAGAAAAAGCACAGCAGCAAACUCAAUCGCACGAAUCAUCCACAACACAGCCUGCUUCAGGUACUAAUCCUACUACCCCACGUCCCAGAUAUGCACUACCUGUCUGAUUAUUGGCUCAUCUUGUGCUUUUUCUCUGCUGCGCAUCGCCUCAAGACGCCGAUGCCAAUGCACAACCAACACAUCAGCAAGGUCAAUCAACAGGUCAAGCCCGCCCCCAGGCGUCAUCAUUGCAGACUCAGUCUACUGCCGCUUCGGCAUCUACGACACCUGCUCCUGCGACUAGUCCUACCGCGCCA